AAGUAAGAGUGCAGUCAAAGUGCAGAGAACACUGCAAAUCGCAGAGAAAGAGAGAGAAGUUGACAAUUGUUUUGCCGGCUUUCUGGCAAAUUCACCAAGCAUUUGUGUGCAGGUGCGUGAAAAUUGUCAAUACGCUGAGGUGGGCGUACACAUACACACUUUCAAAUUUUAUAUCUUGCUACUAGCAAAUAUAGAUAAACAAAGUUCGUUUGUUAAAUUUAUACAAUACAAUAACUAGUGUUCGUUCAUAUGUGAUCACUGUCAGUUGAUAAAUUGCCUUAAGAGAGUUGAAAUACAAAAGUACACAAUCAUAUUAACUAGUAAAUGCUUAUUAUAAACCGCAAUUGCUCACGCUGCUUAACAGUUUUGUGUUUUAUUGUUGGAAUUUAGUAUGCUGGAAGAGUGGCUAGUGAGCAGUUGGCAAGAAUCGGUCAACAGAUGCGCAAAUUUAUUCACAUACAUAUGUAUAUAUAAAAGAUAUAUAUUUACAAAGAAAUUGUGUGCUCGCUAUGAAUAAUGCAUUAAUAAAAGAAUUUCGUUUGUACUCGAAAUAAGAAUAGAAACAAUUUGUGUUAGAAUAUACAUGCUCAUGAGAUCUAUGGCAACACUGCGAUAACAAUAGCGUAUUAUAAUAUAGGCAAGUGUGGCGCGAUAAGAAUACUUACUGAAAACGCAUGAAACUAUAAACAUUUUUGUAUAAUUAAAAGUUAGUUUGGCUGUGAUAAUAUCAUAAAAACACGACGCUGAUGUCGGCACAAAAACGCUUCGUUAUUUUGGAUUGCGAUGGCGGCAGCGAUGAUGCCUGGGCCUUGCUUCUACUGCUGAAGGCUGCAGCCGAACAACAGGUCACGCUAUUGGGGGUGACUAUAUGUGGCUGUGGAAAUACUGAUCUGCGUAAUGCGGCGCGCAACAUGUACCGCAUAUUGAAGGCCUGCAAUCGGACUGAGAUACCCAUUUAUUAUGGGGCUUCCACGUCGUUAAUACCACCCAUUGUACCGCUCGAUGAUAACAAGUAUUUUCAUGGCCGCGACGGUUUCGGCGACAUAUUGCCCCUAGAGAUAGACUACAAAUUGGACGAGGUGGUGCAAAAAGAACAUGCUGUGGUGGCAAUAAAUAGAAUUUGCACUGAGCAUCCAAAAAAGGUAACCAUUAUAGGAGUGGGGCCAUUAACGAAUAUUGCGCUUUGCUACUCUAUGUUCGGUGAUGUGUUCGCGAAUGCAGUUAGGGACAUUUAUCUAAUGGGCGGCAAUCAUCAAGGUGUUGGCAACUGCACUCGCUGUGCCGAAUUCAAUUUCUAUGCAGAUCCCGAAGCUGCGCAUGCCGUACUCGCUAGAACCAAGUGUCCCAUUACCAUACUACCCUGGGAACCCUGUUUGGAAGACCGAUUUUUUAUAUGCAUUAAUUGGCGCUUGGAUGAGCUCGGCGCACUGGCCGCUAACACUUGUUCAGCCAUCGACAUUAUGAACAAAGUAGAGCGCGCUCAAUGGCUGCCGUCGAAUUACAAAAGCUGGAUACCAUGUGAUGCACUGAUUGUGGCUGCUCUUCUCUUUGAAAGCGUUCUCGUGCAGAAGAAAAGCAGUUGGCAUGCGACUGUGGAUUUAACGGGACACACACGUGGUCAAAUGAUUUUGGAUCAUUUACAAGAGGUGGAUAAGUUUCCUAAAAAUGUAGACGUUAUUGAAUUGUUGGAUGCAGACGUGUUCAAAAAAAUUGCCCGAUGGGCUGUGGGCUUGUACGAUGAGUUCGUAGUCGAGCAUACCAAUGGGAAUCUCGUAUAAUAAGAUUUCUGAAUCUUGAAUCAAUGCUAUGAGAAGACAUAGUAUUUCUACAUAAUGUAUAAGCAAUCGAAGGCAUCUCUGUAAUAAAUAUGUAUUACUUUAAUAAUUCUCGAAA